AUGGUUGGUCAGCCAGUAUAUCACAAAUGGACAUGUGAUUCAGAAACAGAGGACACGUUUUGUGCAUUGGUACAUUCGUGUUUCGUUGAUGAUGGUAACGGUGAUACAGUGCAAAUUUUAAACGAUGAAGGAUGUGCUUUGGAUAAAUACCUCUUGAAUAACUUAGAAUAUCCAACCGAUCUAAUAGCUGGACAAGAAGCUCACGUAUAUAAAUAUGCUGAUCGAUCACAGGUUUUUUAUCAAUGUCAGAUAACGAUCACAAUCAAAGAACCAAAUGGAGAAUGUGAACGACCGAAAUGUCCAGAACCAGAAGGAUUUGGUGCAAUUAAGGAAAGUGGUAGGACAAAUCGAGAAACAGAAUUAGUGACACCUGCAUUGCAAAUGAGAUUAUUGAGAAAGAGAGCUGCUGAUUAUGAUACUACAGUGGAUGUUAGGACUGAUAUCAAUACAUUGGAUAUCAUCGAUGAGAAAGCAGCACUACCAGAAGAUUCACGAUAUCGGACAUUAUUAUAUCCUGUGAUCAAUAAUCGAAAUACAAUAUGCAUGUCAUUUGCA